AUGACUGAGACGGCGUCGGCGAUGGACAUUGACGUGGACGAAAAUCAGCCUCGGAAGCCGAGUAACAAGGGCAAAGCCGUCGCCGGUUUUGGCGGUCCGCCGCAGAGUAAGGCGACGCCUUGGGUCGAGAAAUACCGACCUCAAUCGCUCGAUGACGUCGCAGCACAUCGUGACAUUAUUGAUACGAUUGAUAGGUUGACGAAUGAGAACAAAUUGCCUCAUCUGCUGUUGUAUGGACCUCCCGGGACAGGGAAAACAUCGACCAUUCUAGCCGUUUCCCGGAAACUGUAUGGACCCAAGUACCGUAAUAUGAUUCUUGAACUGAACGCUUCUGACGAUAGAGGUAUUGAUGUUGUGAGGCAGCAGAUUCAAGACUUCGCUAGCACUCAGAGCUUCUCACUAGGAAAAUCUUCGAUAAAGUUGGUUCUGCUGGAUGAAGCAGAUGCCAUGACAAAAGAUGCUCAGUUUGCCCUGCGUAGAGUGAUUGAGAAAUACACAAAGAGUACGAGGUUUGCGCUCAUUGGAAACCAUGUCAAUAAGAUCAUCCCAGCUUUACAGUCCAGAUGCACCCGAUUCAGAUUUGCCCCUCUUGAUCCUGUUCAUGUGAGUCAACGUCUUAAACAUGUUGUAGAAGCUGAAGGGCUUGAUAUAAGUGAGAGUGGCUUGGCAGCUCUUGUACGUCUGAGCAAUGGGGACAUGAGAAAAGCUUUGAACAUUUUGCAGUCAACGCAUAUGGCGUCAGAGAAAAUUACAGAGGAAGAGGUUUACCUCUGCACUGGAAACCCAUUGCCUAGGGACAUUGAGCAGAUAUCUCACUGGCUUCUGAAUGAAUCAUAUGCUGAGAGCUACAAAAAGAUAUCAGAUAUGAAGACUAGAAAAGGACUUGCCAUUGUUGACAUCGUCAAAGAAGUUACCAUGUUUGUUUUCAAGAUCAAGAUGCCUUCACAUGUCAGAGUUCAACUGAUAAACGAUUUGGCAGACAUCGAGUACAGAUUGAGUUUUGGGUGCAACGACAAACUUCAGCUUGGAGCUAUCAUUUCUACUUUCACACAUGCCCGGUCUGUCUUGGUUGCUGCAGCAAACUGA